CUCUUCCAGUUCCGCUCCCUCGGAUCAGCGGCGAAAGGGGGGCGGAGCUUUAGGCCUGAGCCAAGAUGGCGGCUGCGAAACCAACCCCUGCGGACUCGCUCUCUUUCUGCCUCGCGCAGCUCACGGCGGCGGCCGGGGAGGGUCUAGGUGGGCUAAAGGACACAGCUACCAACGAGACACCCUUAGGCCGUGCGCUCUUAGCCCUCCGCACGCGCUACGUCAAGGCUGCGGGGGGAAUCGAGCGCUUCCGGGCACGCGGCGGGCUCCUCCCCCUUCUCGUGCUGCUACGGCAAGCGUCUGCAGUGGGUCCCACCCCGUCCCAGACUGGCUCUGGCUCCGCCCCUUCGUCGGUCGAGUCCGAGGCUUCUGCUGGCCCCGCCCCCUCCGUUGCGUCCUCGUCGGCGCCCUCGCCGCCUGCGCGCUUGCGCAAGACCCUGGACUUGGCGCUCAGCAUCCUAGCCAACUGCUGUACAGAAGGGGCGUGCCGGACUGAAGUGCGCAGACUCGGAGGUAUUCUCCCUUUGGUGAGUAUUCUUCAGUGUGUGAAGACAGACAGCAUCCAGAACCGAACAGCCCGUGCUCUGGGCAACUUAGCCAUGGAACCUGAGAGCUGUGGGGACAUCCAUUCUGCUGGUGCUGUUCCCUUACUCGUUGAGAGCCUGACGGCCUGCCAGGACUCACAGUGCCGGCAGAGUGUGGUCCGUGCCCUCCGCAACCUGGCAGACUCACCCCAACACCGCCUGGCCCUGGCACAGCAGGGAGCAGUACGCCCCCUGGCUGAGCUUCUGGCUGCAGCCCCAGACCCUGCACUGACCUUGGCCCUAGUCCGUGCUCUCCUGGAGCUAAGUCGAGGCUGUUCCCGGGCUUGUGCUGAGCAGCUAAGUCUGGGUGGGGGACUAGGCCCACUGGUCAGCCUGGCCUCCCACCCCAAAAGGGUGGUACGUGAGGCAGCUAUCCUGACCCUUGCCAAUCUAUGUGCCCAAGGCCUGGUACGGCCUGCACUCGGUAAUGCUGGUGGUGUGGAAGUGCUGCUGGGUGAGCUCCAGCGGCGCCGGGGACCCAGUGGGGCUGGCCCAGCCUCCCAGCAGCCCCUGGUGCGGGCUGUGUGCCUACUCUGCCGGGAGGCCAUCAAUCGGGCCCGGCUGCGUGAUGCUGGUGGUUUAGAGCUGCUGAUGGGCCUGUUGCGGGAUCCUCGUGCCAGUGCCUGGCACCCUCGUGUCGUGGCUGCCCUUGUGGGCUUCCUCUAUGAUACAGGGGCCCUGGGCCGGCUACAGGCUCUGGGACUUGUACCUCUCUUGGCUGGGCAGCUGUGUGGUGAGGCUGGUGAUGAGGAAGAAGAAGGAAGAGAAGCUGCUUCCUGGGACUUUCCUGAGGAGCAGACCCCUGAGCGAAUAGAGGCUGGAAGCUUUCGAAGCCUCAGGUCGUGGCUGAUAUCUGAGGGCUAUGCUGCUGGCCCAGGAGACAUCUCUCCGGACUGGUCUCCGGAGCGCUGUCCUCUGCCUCCUCCGCCUGAGCCAGCCGAGCCAGCCAGCCCUGCCAGGAGCUCAGCCUUGGUGCGGACUCCUCGUGCUCUACGCACACCAAGCCGCAGCCCUGCUGCCACUGAGGAGCCUUGGGGCCGUGAGGGACCAGCGCUGCUGCUGCUUUCGCGAUUUUCCCAGGCCCCGGACCCAAGUGGGGCGCUGGUGACAGGCCCAGCCCUCUGCGGCCUACUGGCCUACGUGACAGGUGCACCAGGCCCACCAAGCCCGCGUGCACUGCGCAUCCUGGCGCGCCUCACCUGCAACCCUGCCUGCCUCGAGGCCUUCGUGCGCAGCUAUGGAGCUGCGCUGCUGCGUUCCUGGCUGGUGCUUGGUGUCGCCCCGGACGACUGGCCCAUGCUGCGUUCCCGGCCCCUCACCCUGCGCAGCCAUCACCGGGAGCUGGGUGAGAUGCUGCUGCAGAACCUGACUGUGCAGGCUGAAUCGCCCUUUGGAGUGGGCGCCCUCACUCACCUACUGCUCUCUGGGAGUCCUGAGGACCGUGUGGCCUGUGCACUGACCCUGCCCUUCAUCUGUCGGAAGCCCUCUCUGUGGCGCCGGCUACUUCUGGACCAGGGUGGCCUUCGUAUCCUCCUGUCAGCCCUAACUCGGCCAGCUCCACAUCCACUCUUCCUCUUCUUUGCCGCAGACUCCCUUUCCUGCCUCCAAAGCCUGAUGUCUCCCACUGCAAGCCCAGCCCACCCUCCUGCAAUCCCCUUGGACCUAGACCCGCCCUCCCCUUGCCUCUAUGAACCUCUGCUGGGCCCAGCCCCCAUCCCAGCCCCUGAUCUACACUUCCUGCUGGACUCAGGCCUGCGGCUCCCUGCCCAGCGAGCUGCCUCAUCUACUGCCUCCCCUUUCUUCCGGGCCCUGCUAGCUGGCAGCUUUGCUGAAGCCCAGAUGGACCUGGUACCUCUUCGAGGGCUAUCAGCCAGUGCAGCCUGGCCUAUUCUGCAUCACUUGCAUGGCUGCCGGGGCUGUGGAGCAGCGUUGCAGCCCAUUCCCCUGCCAGGCCAGCCCCUGCUGGGCUCAGAGGCUGAGGAGGCACUAGAGGCUGCUGGCCGUUUCCUGCUGCCUGGGCUGGAGGAGGAGCUGGAAGAGGCUGUGGGGCGUAUCCACCUGGGACCCCAAGGUGACCCAGAGUCAGUGGGUGAGGUAUUUCGCCUGGGCCGGCCCCGGUUGGCUGCCCACUGUGCCCGCUGGACACUAAGGCCAGGGCAGUGCCCGCGGAAGCGAGCCUUGGCCUUAGUGGGGCUUGUGGAGGCAGCCGGCGAGGAAGCAGGUCCCCUUACUGAGGCUUUACUGGCUGUGGUGAUGGGAGUUGAAGUGGGGGGCAAGGGUCCCAGCCUAGACUAUUGAUACCCCCUUGGAGGGGCCCCAAGAGUCAGUUGGCUAUGAAGGCAGCCUCCCUCAGCUGCACGGGAAAGAGGCCAAGCAGAAGUCACCACCGAGGGCUGACGAAAGGAUGGAACUGGACCCCGCGAUGAUGGGCUGAAGACUCUGGAGUGAGAAGCCAAGGUCAGGGUCUGGGCAUGGGACCCAUGAGAUGGAGAAGAGCCCAGAGCCCCAAA